UUCACAGGUCACAGCUCUCUCUCUUCUUCUUCUCUUUCACUUCGCCAUUAGAGAAAGAAAAACACUUUGAGAUAUCUAUGACCCAUCCAACAACUCCCCUUUUAGCCAGAUUUUUUAUCGUCUUCGUAAAGGAAACACCGGCGUUUAUUGCAAGAUACUGUUCUUAAAGCUGCAUUCUUUUCCAAUCAAUCUCAACUCCCCAAAAUUUGGUUUCGGAGUUGAGAUUGGAGCUGAAGCGUAGAGUUUUCUAUUUCGAUUACGGUGGGUCAGCCGUUGAGAAGCGGAGAUCUUUAGGUGCUUUAAAGUUCCGAGAUUUUUGGGAUUUUGCCUGUUCGAGAGUGGAAUUUUGAAUGCUCGCCGAUGUAAGGUUUUCGUUUCCGACAUGACCACCAAGCGCGCCUACAAGCUACAGGAAUUUGUGGCACAUUCUGCUGCUGUAAAUUGUCUUAAGAUCGGGAGGAAGUCCUCGAGGAAACUCUUAACAGGCGGGGAAGAUCACACGGUCAACCUAUGGGCUAUUGGUAAGCCCAAUGCCAUUUUGAGCUUGCAUGGGCACACGAGCGGGAUUGAUUCAGUAACGUUUGAUGCUACGGAAGGUUUAGUAGCAGCAGGAGCUGCUAGUGGGACGAUCAAACUUUGGGAUCUGGAGGAGGCAAAGAUUGUGAGGACUCUCACUGGUCACAGGUCGAAUUGCAUAUCAGUGAAUUUUCACCCGUUUGGUGAGUUUUUUGCUUCUGGUUCUCUCGACACAAAUCUUAAGAUAUGGGACAUAAGAAAGAAGGGCUGCAUCCAUACUUACAAGGGUCACACUCGAGGUGUCAAUGUACUCAGAUUCACCCCAGAUGGUCGUUGGGUUGUAUCUGGAGGAGAAGACAACGUUGUCAAGGUGUGGGAUUUGACAGCUGGAAAAUUGUUGCAUGAGUUUAAGAGUCAUGAAGGGCAAAUUCAGAGUUUAGAUUUUCAUCCCCAUGAAUUUCUGCUGGCAACAGGUUCAGCUGAUAAGACAGUAAAAUUCUGGGACCUUGAAACAUUCGAGCUUAUUGGUUCUGGUGGAACUGAGACUACUGGGGUUCGUUGCCUGACCUUCAAUCCAGACGGAAAGAGUGUGCUUUGUGGAUUGCAUGAAAGUCUCAAAAUUUUCUCUUGGGAGCCAAUAAGAUGUCAUGAUGGAUUGGAUGUUGGAUGGUCAAACUUGUCGGAUAUGAAUGUUCACGAGGGAAAGCUUCUCGGUUGCUCAUACAAUCAAAAUUGUGUAGGCGUGUGGGUUGUGGACCUCUCGCGCACUGAGCCUAAGAGUGGAGGAGCCACUCGGUCAAAGUUUCAUUCAGAAAAAAAUUCGGGCUCAAACAGGGAUCCAGCAGUUCUAAAUGAUAACAGCUCAAAGGUUAUUCUCGGAAAGUUGCCUGGUUCCCAGAAGGUGGAUCCUUUAUUGAAGGAAACAAAGUCUCUUGGAAGAUUAUCAGUUUCUCAAAACUCGGAUCCUCUGCCAAAGGAAACAAAGUCUACUGGAAGGUCAUCAGUAUCUCAAAGUUCAGAUGCUUUGGUAAAGGAACCAAAGCCUCUCGGAAGGUUGUCAGUUACUCAUAGCUCAGAUACACCUAAAGAGUCAAGAACCUUAUCAUCCACAGGAAGUAUAUCAGACUCUCCUCAUAGGGUCACUUUAACCAGUGCUCCAAAAGUUGCUUCCGCUGUUACGGUUGUUCCCACUUCUACAGCCUCAAAGAGGAAUCUUACAAAAGCUAACUCAAAGUCUAAUCCUCAAGUAGUCAAUAAAGGGGAUAUUUUUCCAGUAAUAGUCCCCAGAACGGACCCAAUAAUUGAGCAGGUAGCUGAAUCCAGAGCAGAACUUGACAUUAUUGGAAGAACUAUGCCAUAUUCACUGCAGUCAAAAGCGGCUGAUUCUCGAAGGCUGUCGAGCAGCAGAAAUGAGCCAGAUGUACCAACUGGUUCGAUUCUUGAAAGGUCUCAGUCUCAGCCUACAGAACCAAGCAAUUUACUGGAUGGAGAUACAUUUCCUAGUGACGAAGGUGGCACAUGGGAUACAGCUGAGAGAAAAAAUAGAGAAAGCAGAUACAGGGGAUUUGGAAGGUUUAAUUCAAGAUCUCUGGUGAGAUCGCCUCCAAGAAAUCACGACGAAAACUGUAAGUCUGACUUUAAUAAUUGUAAUGCAAAUAGAGAUUCAAGUCCUACUGAAAGUCGAAGAGGAGGAAGACUGCAUUCCCUCGUUUUAAAUAGAGAAAGAAGAGGAAGAUUAUCCAGCUCUGAGAGUCCUGUUUCAAGUUUUUCUGGUGGAAAUAUGACUGCACCAAACAUUCGCCCUUCCAUUACGCUCAAGCAGAGAGGAAGCCAUGUGCCAGUUGAUCAAGGAAUCACCUCUGCCAGUGAAGAAGAGAUAGUUGCAGACAUAAUGGGACAGCACGAUCAAUUUGCCAGUUCUAUGCAUUCUCGCUUGGCUAAGUUACAGGUAGUCCGAAGAUAUUGGGAAAGAAACGAUAUUAAAAACACGAUAAGUUCAAUAGAGAAGAUGGCUGAUAAUGCUGUCGUUGCGGAUGUAGUGGUUAUAGUAACCGAGAGAAGUGAGAUAUUAACACUGGAUACUUGUAACUCUCUUCUUCCACUGUUGACAGCUCUACUAGGUAGCGACAUUGAUAGACAUUUGAGUGUCUGUCUGGAUCUGCUGCUUAAGCUGGUAAGAAUGUAUGGAUCACAAAUUUACUCAUCACUGUCUGCUCCAUCAUCUGUUGGUGUAGAUAUUGAGGCUGAGCAAAGGAUGGAGCGGUACAGUCGUUGCUUUGUUGAACUUGAGAAAAUCAAGGCUUGCCUUCCCUCUCUAGCACGACGAGGAGGAUUAGUGGCGAAGACUAUUCAUGAGCUCAACUUAACAUUCCAAGAAGUUUCAUCGUGAUGACUCCGUACGUUUUGAAUGUGGAUUGGGUCCCAAUUUGGAGUUUAACAAGACAAAAGCUAAUUCUACCAAGCUAACCAAAAGAGUCUACAGAGGACUAACUAACCCUCGAGCAUUGCGUCUAGCCACUGCUCGGGCCGCGAACCGUUUGCUUGCGGAAGCAAAUAUCUGCGGUACUGUCUCGGGUUCAAGCUAACUCGGAGUGUAAAUCGCCAUUUCGGCUGUUGUAUUGAUUUAGUUUUUUUUUGUUCUCCUUAAAACUGUUUAGCUACAUGAUCUUUGUGGACAAAAGAGAAGCCUAUUUAUAACAAAACUGUUUUCA